UUCAGCAUGGCGGUGUUUGCAGAUUUGGACCUGCGAGCCGGCUCCGAUCCGAAGGCGCUUCGCGGGCUCGUGGAAAACGCCGCUCACCUUGGCUAUUCAGUUGUUGCCAUCAAUCACGUUGUUGAAUUUAAGGAAAAGAAACAGGAAAUUGAAAAGCCAGUAGCCGUUUCAGAACUCUUUACAACUUUGCCAAUUGUACAGGGAAAAUCAAGACCGAUAAAAAUUUUAACUAGACUGACAAUUAUUGUUUCGGAUCCAUCUCACUGCAAUGUUUUGAGAGCAACUUCUUCGAGGGUCCGGCUGUAUGAUAUUGUUGCAGUUUUUCCAAAGACAGAAAAACUUUUUCAUGUUGCUUGUACACAUUUAGAUGUGGAUUUAGUCUGCAUAACUGUCACAGAGAAAUUACCAUUUUACUUCAAAAGACCCCCUAUUAAUGUGGCAAUUGACCGAGGCGUGGGCUUUGAACUUGUCUACAGCCCUGCUAUCAAAGACUCCACCAUGAGGAGGUACACAAUUUCCAAUGCCCUCAAUUUGAUGCAGGUCUGCAAAGGAAAGAAUGUAAUUAUAUCUAGUGCUGCAGAAAGGCCUUUAGAAAUAAGAGGUCCAUAUGAUGUGGCUAACUUAGGGUUGCUGUUUGGGCUCUCUGAAAGUGAUGCCAAGGCUGCGGUGUCCACCAACUGCCGAGCAGCGCUUCUCCAUGGAGAAACUAGGAAAACUGCUUUUGGAAUUAUUUCCACAGUGAAGAAACCUCGGCCAUCAGAAGGAAAUGAUGAUUCUCUUCCAGCUUGCAAAAAAGCCAAGUGUGAAGACUGAAAGGGUCUCCCAGUCUCUGUCAACACCCUUUGUCCGAGUCCAUCAGCCACAACAGAAAUCAAACCUCUGUG